UUGUGUGCGCAUGGUUAAAAAUAACACUUAUUUCAUUCUAAUUUCGCGUCGAACGAAACGAGUUUUCUUAAAUCAAGUGCGAACCCGUCAAAUACCAUAAAGCAAUCGAGCGGAAUCUCGGAAAUAUUUAAGUGUCGGACGUAUGUGCCUGAUAGUAACCUACGAUGGGUACCAGAGAAAAUAACGGCGAACCGGGAGCUCAUCAGGUCAGAACGGAGGUUUGAGAGGUCACCUGCUUGAUUAAUCUGAAGAUUUUGUUUUGCCAUCGAGUACUAACCACUCGCCAAAAGCGCUAAUCAUUAUUAGAUAUACGGCUAUUAUUAGCCAGGAUUAUCACCUGUUGUAUGGAAAAAUACCACUUGUAAAUACAUCUUAAUUGCCAAUCAAAUGUUGUUCGUUAUUUUUAUAGACAACAGUCAUUUGGAUAACGCAAUGAAAUAAAAUAAUAAAAUAAAAGAUGGGCGAUAUCUGCAACCCGAUCGUGUCCCAACCUAUUUAGUUGUUGCUGUUCGUAAACGUCGCGUCAUUUCAUCUAUUCCGCUCUCGUGUUUGUUCUCGAAAUUGUUGGGAAGUCGCUAGAAAGUUCGGCGUGGGUUUCGUCGGCAUAUAUAACAAAACGGACCGACGCGUUUACGUUAAAAUUGGAAUAGACUGCGCCGAGUGCGGUAAUAUAGUUUGCGGUGAUUGUGAUUAUAUUGUGAUGCGACCAUGUCCGCCGUGGAAACCAUAAGAGACAUUCCGGUAAUAAUUGAGCACAGAAAGCCGUACGUCGAAAAGAUGGCAACGGACGCCAAUCACGACGAUAUGUUGAUUUUUCAGCGGAACUUUCCAUUCGAUAGACGUGGUAGAACAGAGGGCAGUUUCCGAGAUCAACUUGAAGAUCUGGCACAGCGUCAUCCCCAGUUCGCCGAACAUUUGCAGGGGUUCCCAAGAAGACAUACCAGGGAUGACGAAGAGUUCUUCAAGAGAUUCGAGAGACCAUUCGGCUCGCGCUUUGAGGGAUUUGGAUCACCAUUUGAUAGAGAGGAUUUUGAUUGCGAACCGCAGCGGUACCAACAACAAUCUUAUCCGGGGUACUAUCCACAAGAGUAUCCGCAACAGUACCAGCAAUAUUCUCAACCUCCGCAACAGGAAACUGUUUUUUAUCCAGAACGAAGAACCAUUUCCACUCAGACUGAACCUGACUCGGCGACUUCCAUCGAUAAAGAAGCCAAUCAACCAAGCAGGGCUGGGCAAACCACUCCGAUUGAUUCCAAUCAAGCACAGUCUACCGGCCAGUAUGCGAAUGAAGAAAUACCCACAGAACAACAAAGAUUCGUUUCCUCGGUCAAUAUCCCCGUGGGUUCGCCGAAAUCAGAAGAUAAUGCCGGACAAGCAGCAUCCGAAAGGGUGAUCCCUAUUCGCAUCGAGGGUCGUGCCGAUUCACAAACUUCAAAAAGUGGAGUCCCACCUGAAAAAAAUUUUGGUCAGCCGCAGCCCCGACCAGUUCCUGAACAAUCCGCUAACAAUGAAGGUCAAGAGCAGUGCCCUGAAGCUCAGCAGCUGCCGCAGCAGAUCCAGAAACAGGUCCUAUCCCCUAUCGAACAGAUCCAGUUAAUUCAGCAAGAUAUUGCCAAGCUAUUGAAGCAAGUGGAAGCUUUUGCUGGAGUCUAUAAAGACAAAAACUAUCUCUAUUUGGACGAAAUGCUGACCCGCAAUCUUCUAAAGUUGGACAAUGUCGAUACACAGGGUCAGGAUAGUAUCAGAAGUGCUAGAAGGGACGCCAUCAAAGGCAUAGAAAGGGCAAUUGGCGUUUUGGAAGCGAAAGCGACGGCCGCCGUUUCAAAAUGCAAGAAAGUAGACGCCCAGCCCAUGGAAACUGAAGCAGUUGAGAAUCAAGAAUUAAGCAAGGUUGAGAAAGAAGCUGUGCAGAAGGACACUUCAAAUAUCAGCGAGAAUACUGAUGAAGCCAAAGAAGAAUCCACGGUUAUGGACGAAACGGUUGCGUUGGAGCCGCACAGCAACAAAAUGGAGGUGGAAUGCUCACCGAAAGAAGAGAAUGAUAGCAAAGAUGUCGCCGACCAGGAGAGCGCGUCGGCAGAAGUGAAACCAAAGGAACUUUGCGACAAGAAAGAUAAGAAGAAAUUAAAAAAGAAAAAGGAGAAAGAUGAUACAGUGAACGUGAAAAAUGUGCAGUAGAGAGGCAUCGCCGCUUAAUAUGUGGAUAAGUAUUAUGUUUUAUUUGUUUUCGUUUUGACUGCAUUAAUGUAAUGUAUGUAUGUAUAUUGAAUUAACUUAUUUCUUGCGCGUAAAAAAUUUACCCUUUACGAUUAAAAUAUUUGUAAACGCCACUUUUCAUGUAAAAUAAAUGAGUAUU